GAGAGAGAGAGAGAGAGAGAGAGAGAGAGAGAAUGUGAGGGAGCGAGACUGAUUGAAUUGCUGUAACAGCUGACUUAAUCACUAAACGAAGGAGAGAUCGACUGGUGCUUUCACAGACCGGCUGAGAUGUGUCUUGGUUACUGAUGGGGCCGGCCAACGCACCAGGACACUGUCACUAAUGUUGCCGGCAGCUGGCUGAGGUGGGAGGAUGGGUUGAUAUAGUGGGGAAAAUAUAGUGACAUGCAGAGAGGGAGAGGGCCUUCGUUCCCUUGUGCUCCGUUAUUUACAGAAAUUGCUGAAGUUGUAAAAUAAUUUGCUGAAUUGUAAAUGCUUCCGGCUAUAAUGUGUAUUGUACCAUAAUUAUUGUACUAUUACUGUUUUCAGUCGUAAUGCCAACUGUAUGGAUGAUUGCUAUAAUCAAAAGCAAUAAAGCUUCGAUUCAAAAUGAAAGGUUGCUUUAUAAUUAAUUGUACCAACAGCUGUUGAAAUUGUUUUUUUUAACUUUGCCACCUUUCCAAUGCAAAUGUAUCUGGUAUUUGAAAGAAUAUCAGGUGUAGCCAUGUUUACUUUCUCUAUGUUGCCAUUUUAUUACUGACCCCAAUGAAUACUUAAUUCUGAGAGAAAUUCAAGCGUGGAUAAUGUAUGAAUGUAUCUGAUACUGCAUAUAAGUUUACAGUAUGUGCGAAUGUUGAUGUGUCCCAGCUGUCACAACUAAAUUAAGUUACAACUUGUACUUUGCAACACUAUUUAUUACAGCCAAUGGCAAUGUAGUUCGUAUAUUUUGAAAAAAGCUGUUUGUCAUUGUUCUUGUCGGCUUUUAAAACUCCGGACACGCCCAUACAUUGAAUGAUUUUGUGACGCGGACGGGCAACCAAUGAAUAAAUCGCAGGGGUGGCGUUAGGUGCUCACUGAUUGGCUAGUUUGAAAGUAACUGAAAAACAUGAAACAUGCUUCGAUUUAAAUGUUUCUGCUCCGCUUGAGAGAAAUAAUAAGUCCAGUCUAAUCGGUAAGAACUAGGCUAGCAGUUAAGUAGGCAUUCAAUCAACUACGCUGGAAAGAGAACGUUGCAAACUUGAAUUUACUAAAUUAUCGUUUGGGUUCAAGAGGCAAAGACAUGGGCGCCAGUGAGAGCAAGAUUGCCGUGGAAACUCCGAAACCGGACCGUAAUCUCGGUCGCCAGAUCAGAAACGAUCGCCUCUCCCGACUUGUUGACCCUCGAUCCCCGUCUACAGGGAUUGACCGGACCCCAAUACAGGUUGGAGAUACCGCUGCCCGGGGUUCUGUGGAAGUGGAGUGCGAAGGCCCUGCCCUCACCGGUGAUCCCCGGUCACCCUCUCCUGACAUCAGCCGCACUCCAAUGAAAGAUGUGAUGAGAGCCACCGUCCACUCCUUCGCCCGUCGCCUGGGGAUGCUCUUCCUUAAUGAAGGAGGGGACAGGGUCGCACCUUUGCCUCCCAUGAAGUUAUCCGAAGUGCACAGCCUCAGCCUUGAGGAAGAGGGAGGGAUGGACUCGGUCAAGCCUUUCCUCCCUCCCCACCCCUCCUCAGAUUCUGACGCUCUGGCCCCCGGCGUGUGCAUCCCGCCGGCCCCGGCCUGCCCGGCGCACCAGGCCCGUGACGGCGAGGCCGCGUCCGCACACAGCGCCGCCAGCCAGGCAGAGGAUGAGGGGCCGGAGGGCGGGGAAGUCGACGGGAGUCUGGAGUCGGAGGAGGCGACCACGGACGACGAUCUGCCUCUCAACAAGGAGCUGAGUCUGAGCCUUCUGGCCUGCCACGAUGGGGAGGCUUCCUCCGACGUCUCUGACGACGCCUCCCGUCCGCACUCUCCUCUCCCUGACAUCGAGCCCUGCGGAUAUUUAGACCAGGAGGUCUGUCCGUCCCCCACCCCUGCUCCAUUAGACCCGGAGGCCUGUUUAUCCCCCACCCCUGCUCCAUUAGACCCGGAGGCCUGUUUAUCCUCCACCCCUGCUCCAUUAGACCCGGAGGUCUGUCCUUCCCCCACCCCUGCUCCAUUAGACCCGGAGGCCUGUUUAUCCCCCACCCCUGCUCCAUUAGACCCGGAGGCCUGUUUAUCCUCCACCCCUGCUCCAUUAGACCCGGAGGCCUGUCCGUCCCCCACCCCUGACUCUGUUCCGCCAUCGAGCGCCGAGGUGUCCCUCACCACCUCCCCUACCUGUGGUGAUGUCGCUGAACCCCAGAGUGACUCCGCUGACUCUCCAGCCAAACUUGAAUCGGGUGCAGAAGAGUCCCCCAAACCUGCCGCAGCCGACCCCGCUCCCAGUCGUAACGAGAACCCCCGAGCCCAGGCUGGGUGGGACCACAUGGGAGUGAAACUCCCCACGUUUAGCACUAAGAGUCCCAGCCAAGUGGUGUUCAAGCCCCAGUGGCUGGGCGUGGGGUUUGGGGUAACAGGCGUGAGAGCGAGAGGGGUACAGGGGAAAGCCAAAGGGAGCUCCUCCCCCCUCUCUGUCCGCGUAGGAGGAAGGAAAGCUGGGAACGAAAACCGAGGACCAGUGGCUAAACAGAAGCAGAGAGAGAGGUGCGCUAAAGCACUGGCCAGCGAGGGCCGCUCCCCUCUGCAGAUCCUCAAGGCAAACUCCCCCCUGGAGCACAGCUCACAGAUGAAGCUGAAGAUCUCCACUCCUGACAGGCAAAGACUGGGUCAGGUUGACAGACGUGCCUUAACGCUCUCCCUGAACAAGGAGAACCAGAGAUAGGGGACCGAGUGCAUGAAUGGACCAAUGAACUAAACUGGACUCGGAGAAAGUUAAUCAUAUGAAGAAACUUACUUUGCCAUGUACAGUGUGACUACACAAAGGAUGUGUUUCAUAUGAAAUUCACACUAAUCUCAGUUUUCACCGCACUGCCAUCUUAAUCUUUGCUUAACUUGUAAAUGUCCUUGUCAGUGUCUCCCUGUGCUGUUUUUAUCUGUUUUGUAAAUAAAAAGUUGUAUUAGCCUUUA